UGGCCAUGGCUGGCAGUGGCAGGCAUGCGCGUCCGUGUCGGGCCUGUUGGGUCUGCUCCUGCCCGAGGAGAGAGGCUGGGCGCGCUUUUGGCGGUUUGCAGAGCUGCUGCAGCAGCAGGCAUGGAGCGAUAGGGCCGUGGCAGGUGCUUGUUGGCGUCUCUCUCGUCCCCACUCCACUCCACCACCACCCACUCUCACCCCAACCCAUCGCUUCGUCGCUGGGUUGGAUUAACAUUGACUCUGAUUCUGAUUGAUCGCCUUCCUUCCCGCCGAGCGGGCUCGCCGGUGAUUCGCUGACGAGCUCCGCAUCUUCCGCAGCCGAGCGGAGGGAAUUGCGUCGUGAGGGAGUCGGUUCCAUCUUCUUCCCCGUCGUCCUUGGCCCGAAACGAAUCUGCGGCCUUUGUGGUGCUGUGGUGGGGGGAUGGAGACGGGGGUGCGGAUGUGGCGGUGGCGGUGCUGCGUGGUGGCCGCCGCCCUGCUCAGCGUGAUCCUGCCGCCGGCCACCGCGUCGCUCUCUCCCUCCGGCAUCAACUACGAAGUCGUGGCGCUCAUGGCCAUCAAGACGGAGCUGCAGGACCACUACAACGUGCUCGACAACUGGGACAUCAACUCCGUCGACCCCUGCAGCUGGAGGAUGGUCACCUGCACAUCCGACGGCUACGUCUCUGCGCUUGGUCUGCCCAGCCAACGCCUCUCCGGUAAACUGUCGCCUGGCAUCGGCAACCUCACAAGACUACAAUCUGUGCUGCUGCAGAACAACGCGAUUUCUGGCACUAUCCCUGCCACCAUAGGCAGGCUGGGGAUGCUGAAGACGCUUGACAUGUCAGACAACCAUCUCACUGGGAGCAUCCCCAGUUCAGUUGGCGACCUCAAGAACCUCAACUAUCUGAAACUGAACAACAACAGCUUAUCUGGAGCUUUACCUGAUUCACUAGCCACCAUUGAUGGCCUUGCUCUUCUAGAUCUUUCAUUUAACAAUCUCACCGGUCCGUUGCCAAAGAUUUCUGCAAGAACUUUCAGCAUUGCUGGAAAUACAUUGAUUUGUGGCGUCAAGUCUGGAGACAAUUGCUCGUCUGUGUCGCUGGACCCGCUUUCGUAUCCACCAGAUGACCUUAAGGCUCAGCCACAACAAGGCAUGGCAAGAAGUCACCAUAUAGCUAUCAUCUGCGGAGCAACUGUGGGUUCUGUAGCAUUUGUCGCUAUCGUGGUCGGCAUGCUUCUUUGGUGGCGGCAUAGGCGUAAUCAGCAGAUCUUUUUUGAUGUAAAUGCUACAGAUCAAUAUGACCCAGAAGUAUGCUUGGGUCAUCUAAAGAAGUACACCUUCAAGGAGCUUCGAACCUCUACCAACAAUUUCAACUCAAAAAACAUUUUAGGUGAAGGUGGAUAUGGAAUAGUAUACAAGGGGUUUUUACGUGAUGGUUCAAUUGUUGCUGUUAAAAGAUUGAAAGACUACAAUGCUGUUGGUGGGGAAGUUCAAUUCCAAACUGAAGUUGAAGUCAUAAGCUUAGCUGUUCACCGGAAUCUCCUACGGCUCAUUGGAUUCUGCACUACAGAGUGCGAGAGAUUACUUGUUUAUCCUUAUAUGCCAAAUGGAAGUGUUGCUUCUCAGUUACGGGAACAUAUAAAUGGCAGGCCAGCUCUAGAUUGGUCAAGGAGAAAGAUGAUAGCACUGGGUACAGCACGAGGGCUGCUUUACUUGCACGAACAGUGUGAUCCCAAGAUUAUCCAUCGUGAUGUAAAAGCCUCCAAUGUGCUUCUUGAUGAAUAUUUUGAAGCGAUUGUGGGAGAUUUUGGAUUGGCAAAACUUUUGGAUCACCAGGAGACCCACGUUACAACAGCAGUGCGUGGGACUGUUGGACACAUAGCUCCAGAGUAUUUGUCAACUGGUCAGUCAUCAGAUAAGACAGAUGUAUUUGGGUUCGGAGUCUUGUUGGUUGAAUUGAUCACUGGCCAGAAGGCAUUAGAUUUUGGAAGACUAGCAAAUCAGAAGGGUGGAGUGCUUGAUUUGGUAAAGAAGCUCCAUCAAGAAAAGCAGCUGAGCAUGAUGGUGGAUAAAGAUCUAGGCAGCAACUAUGACAGGGUGGAGCUGGAGGAAAUGGUGCAAGUGGCUCUGCUGUGCACGCAAUACUACCCGUCCCACCGCCCCAGGAUGUCGGAGGUGAUUAGGAUGCUGGAAGGAGAUGGGCUGGCGGAGAAAUGGGAGGCAUCGCAGAACGUGGACACGCCAAAGUCUGUCUCGUCGGAGCUCCUGCCCCCGAAGUUCAUGGAUUUUGCGGCAGACGAGUCAUCGGUCGGCCUGGAAGCCAUGGAGCUCUCGGGACCAAGAUGAUUAACGGCCAAUUUGAUCGAACAUUAGCCAAAGGUGGUAGUUUUCUGGAUGGAGUUAGGGUAAGGUAGCCCUCUGGUGGCAUUCAUUUGUACAUACGGUGUGUUAUUGCGUACUGCGUGAGCUCAGCCCAUCCUUGCUGCUCAUGAUGUACAUGUGGCUGUAAGAGAGAUGAGAUGAGUAGAGUAAAAUAUAGAGGAAAGAAAAAAUUUCCAAUAGGUUCGCUAUACUCUGUUUCUUCCUCCCCUUUCUCUUGCCUUGCACAUAAUGAAUCGUUUGUGCUCUUA